AUGCAUUGGAAUAAGGAUGGAGAGCAGGUUGUUUGCCUCUGUCAUGGCAAUAUCUCUGUCCUGUGUAUGGACACUGGCACAGUUGAGAGAUGUUUCAAGGAAGAAGGUGAUCCUGUAUCCACAUUUGUCCUCAGCCCAGAUGAUACCUCCUUAGUGUCUGCACACAAGUCUGGUCUCCUCCGUCUGUGGAAUUUCAAAAAUGGGGAUGUGAGGAGAGUAUGGAAGUCAUUCCAUAUUGUUCCAGUCUCUGUGCUGUCCUUUGAUCAAACUAGCACCUUGGUGGCUAGUGGUGGGAGUGAUUCAUGCUUAAAAGUCUGGGAUGUUGUGAAGGGAUAUUGCACUCAUAACCUUCGUGGAGCACAGGGUAUAUUCAGUAUUGUGAAGUUCCACUCAGUAGGAUCUCAGUUUCUGGUCUUUGGGUCUGCAACUGACUCAGCCAUUAGAGCCUGGGAUCUGAAGACAUCACAGCUUGUCCUUGUCCUUCAAGGGCACUUGAGCACUGUCACUGAUCUCCAUUUUAUUCCUGGGAAAUGUGAGGCUGUCAGUUGUGGCCGUGACAAAGUUUGGAUCCAUUGGAAUUUGGAAGGAAGUGGUACAGCAUUGAGGACUACUUCUGCUUUUGAAAGCCUAGAAGGAUUGCUUAUCCUUGAUCCAUCAUCAGACAGAGUGACAUUUGGUGUCAAUUCAGAGACACUGUUUCAUGGGAUGCAUUUGAUCACUGUGGGCAGCAGAGGACAAGUACGAAUGUGGCAUUUGGAUUCAGGACAAGAAAUCCAACAUGAUGCUUCCCCUACAAUACCUGUGAGAAGGGGCAGGUCUGGUGAGAACCUGGGAAGGAUACUACAAAUCCAUAUCAUUCAUGAAAGAGAGGCCCUGGCUCUGUCCACUGAUGAUUGUGAUCUCUUCCUCCUUCGACUCAAAGAUUUUACCCUCCUCCGACAGUACAUUGGCUAUGCCGAUGAAAUUCUGGAUGUAGCUUUUGUUGGGAGAGGUGAUGAAUGGCUGGCAGUUGCAUCCAACUCCCCUGAUGUGAAGAUCUACUCGCUCGAAAGCAUGACAUGUCGUGUCUUGCACGGUCAUAAGGAUAUUGUAUUGUGUCUUGCAAGACCCCCUUCCAAGAAGCAUAUGCUAGCCUCAGGUAGCAAAGAUGGAACAUUCAUCAUUUGGGUGGAGAAGAAGACAGAGGCUGGGGGGAAGGUCUGGGAGAAAUCAUUUCAGGGUGUUGGUCAUACAGGAGCUGUGACUGCUCUUGCUUUCUCUCUGCACAGUCCUUCUUUCAUUGUCUCUUCCAGUGAUGAUCACUGCCUCAAACUCUGGGACCUUCCUCACCCUUCUCAAGAAGCCACUGUGAAAGUAAGAUACACCCUAGUUGCUCAUGACAAGGUGGUGAACAGCUGUUGUGUGUCCCCUAAUGAUCGCCUCCUUGCCACUGGUUCUCAAGAUCAUUCUGCCAAGGUGUGGAAUGCUGCAACAGGUGAAUUAAUGGGAACAUUGAGAGGACACAGCAGAGGGAUUUGGUGUGUUCAGUUUUCUCCUGUGGAUCAGGUCCUUGCUUCAGGAUCCACUGAUAGCACCAUCAGACUCUGGGCCUUGAAUGACUUCUCAUGCCUCAAGACUUUUGAAGGUCAUAGCAGCUCAGUACUGAAACUACAUUUCCUCUCAAGAGGGAUGCAGAUAGUCUCCUGUGGAUCAGAUGGUCUUCUAAAGAUCUGGAACGUCAAGACAAGUGCUUGUACAGCAACAUAUGAUGAGCAUGAAGAUAAAGUCUGGGCUCUUGCAGUGAACAGGAAGGAAACACAUUUGACAACUGGAGGGGCUGACUCCAAGUGGAAAUUAUGGAAAGAUACAACAGAGGAGGAAUUAGAAGCAAAGCAAGCUGAGGAGAUCUGUCGAGUGCAGGCUCAACAAACCCUCUCCAAUCUCAUUCAGGAUGAGAAAUAUUUAGAAGCAUUGACACUGGCCAUCAAGUUGGAACAGCCAUAUCGAGCACUCACUGUCAUUCAAGAGUUGUUGGCUGUGGGAGAGGAUUCUUCUUUUAAGGACAUGGAAGAUGUGGUGAAGCGACUAAAGGCAGAUGAGAUUGAUGCAUUGCUUCGAUAUGUUGUGUCCUGGAAUACUCGAUCUCGAACAUGCCAUGCCGCUCAGGUGGUGCUGAACAUCCUACUCCAAAGCCAAACCCCAGAGGAGCUGUUAGAGUUACCUUCAUCAAGAAGCAACUUGGAGGGCUUGCUUCCAUACACAAGGAGACAUCUUCAGAGAUUCACUCAGCUCAAAAGGAGUGCAACAUUCCUUGACUUCUUUCUCUUCUCUAUCAAGCCCACAUCUAAAGACCAAAAGGUAAAACCACCAAUGUGCGGGCAGUUAAGCCUCCCUGGUCUCAUCAUUCGCUUGUCCUAUCUCAAUGAUGCAAGCUGGAAGCUUCAUUUUUUGCUCCCGGGAGCAGGACACAAUGAGAACAUUGUCAUGGCCCUGCAUGCUAAGACCCAUGCAGCACCUGCAACAUCUCAGUACUUGGAUACAUUCUGGUUCAAGUACAUUCUCUCUGCAACAGCAGCUUCCCUUGCAGAGAUUGUGACAUUCCCCCUGGAUCUAGUGAAAACCCGCCUUCAGAUCCAGGGGGAGGGAGGAAAGCCUCACCCUCAUCGGGGCUUCCUUACCACUUCAUUGGGGGUCAUCCGAGAUGAAGGCCCUCUCAAGCUUUGGCGGGGACUCACUCCUGCCAUCUACAGGCAUGUCCUCUAUUCAGGGAUUCGUUUAUCUGUCUACGAACGCCUCCGUGAGCGAGGACUUGGAAGGAACCCUGAUGGAUCCUUCCCCCUGUGGAAGUCUGUCAUAGCAGGCAUGACAGCUGGAGCAUGUGGCCAGUUUAUAGCCAGCCCAGCAGACCUGGUGAAAGUUCAAAUGCAGACAGAGGGGAGGAGGCGACUUCUAGGGCUUCCACCACGUAUCAGCUCAGGGUUCAUUUCAACAGUGAUGAGUACACCCAUGGAUGUAAUGAAGACACGAAUCAUGAAUCAACCCACUGAUGAUUUUGGACGGGGGUUGUGGUAUCAGUCAACAAUUGAUUGCCUUUCAAAGACAGUGAAGCAAGAAGGGUUCUUUGCCCUCUAUAAGGGCUUCUUCCCAACCUGGGCUCGACUUGCACCCUGGACAUGCACAUUUUGGGCUGCAGAUGUAUUCACAGUCAUUGUGAUCUGCAGCUAUACUAAGAGUGGCACUAACUUUCUGUCCUCAAGUCACCGCAGGAGCCAUGCAGAAAAUUUUCUUGUCAACAAGAAAUCUUACAGAGUCGGACACCCAUUGAGUCUGACUUCACCUGACUUGAGUCCCAUUCCAUCGAGUUCUUGUCCCCUCCCCUAUCCUCCACCUCAGAAUGUCCUUUCUGUUUUGGAGGCUGAACAGCUCAGACUCAGCUAUCUAUCUCAAUAUGUGUCUACUUAUUGUCAGCACCUCUAUCACCACCUCUACCAGGAAUACUAUGAAAAUUAUGAAGACUUAAGAUCCCAAGCCACUCAGACUGCAGAUUCAGCUGCAGAUGAAAUCUUGCAUGCAUCAAGUGAUGAUGAUCAUCAGGAGGGGAAAAGAAGAGAUCAGGAGAAUGAGGACUAUGACCAAGAUGUGGGAGAGGUGAAGCAGAAAGUGAAGGCAGGACUGAAGCAGUAUAAAUUGUUUGGGCCCAAGGAAUGUCAAAUAAUUGAAAAUCAGAUUGAAGGCAUAGUUGAAAAGGGAAAUUCAGGAGCCUUGAAGCCAUGCACCCUGGACCGAGCCCACCUUCGCAACAAGUACUUCUUUGGUGAAGGCUACACAUAUGGGAACCAGCUGGAGAGAAAGGGACAAGGGAUGGAGCGGUUGUUCCCUCCUGGUCAAGUUGACUCCAUCCCAGCCUGGAUCUUUGACCUGGUGGUGAAACCAUUGGAGAAGGCCAACAUUGUUCCCAAGGGUUGGAUCAACUCUGUUGCAUUAAAUUACUAUGAGGCUGGUGGUUGCAUUGUCUCUCACAUUGACCCAAUGCAUAUUUUUGACAGGGGAUUUGCAGCAGACAACAUUACACACUGCAUCCGCCCACAGGAUGUUGUAUCCCAAAGAGCUGUGAUCAUCCUACGCAGAGUGCAUGAUGAUGCACCAAGGCUGGAUAUGGCAGGAUUUGAGAGGCUGUUCCAUGACCCAGGAUUUUUGAAGAGUCGUGCUAUGAGUAUGGAAGAGGGAGAGGAUUAUAUAACGACUCAGAUCCUUUCCUUCUGUUCUCAGCCAUCAAAGAACCGGAAAAGAGGAAAGAAAUCUUCCUCCAGGGAGACCGAUGAAAGUAAGGAGAAAGAGACUCGCAGUCAUCUGAAGUCGAGGAAACGUCGAAACAAGAAUGAAGAAGAUGAAUCUGAGGAAGGUCAGGCAGAGGUGGAGACACAAAGUGUCCAUAUGAGUCCAAGGAAGAAAGCCCGAGAACGGGAAAAGGAGGAAUGGAAAACACGGAGGAAGGACAGGGUUCAACGUCUCCUCAGCUUCUCCUUUGGAGAUGGAGAUUCUGAGCAUGAAGAAGAUGGAAUGGAUCAUUCACAUGCUGAUCAUGGCUGCCUUCAUCCCUGUGGUGAGGACUUUCUCUGUGGUGAGGACAGCCUCAACAGCAUUCCUAAAAAGAACACAAGAACCUUCGUGGGUGUCCAGAGUAGCAACAAUCACUUGGUCACUAAGAGCAUAUAA